UGAACAGGACUCCUUUGCCAUCAGCAUGGAAGACACUUACAUCGACUCUCUGGACCCUGAAAAGUUACUACAGUGCCCCUAUGAUAAAAAUCACCAGAUCAGGGCCUGCAGGUUUCCUUAUCAUCUUAUCAAGUGCAGAAAGAAUCAUCCUGAUGUUGCAAACAAAUUGGCUACUUGUCCCUUCAAUGCUCGGCACCAGGUUCCCCGGGCUGAAAUCAGUCAUCACAUCUCAAGCUGUGAUGACAAGAGCUGUAUUGAGCAGGAUGUGGUCAACCAAACCAGGAACCUUGGACAAGAGACUCUGGCUGAGAGCACAUGGCAAUGCCCUCCUUGUGAUGAAGACUGGGAUAAAGAUUUGUGGGAACAGACCAGCACCCCAUUUGUUUGGGGCACAGCCAACUUCUGUGGCAACAACAGUCCUGCAAACAACAUAGUUAUGGAACAUAAGAGUAACCUGGCUUCAGGCAUGCGAGUUCCCAAGUCUCUGCCUUAUGUUCUGCCAUGGAAAAAUAAUGGAAAUGCACAGUAACUGAACAUCUUUCUCAAAUGCCAGAUUGUGGAAGACUCUUGCUUUUUCCUGCUACCCAAGGGUUCUUCUUUUUUCUCUUUAUCUAAUUAUAGAACAGUAAAUUGUCUGUGACUUUCAAACUGGCAAGUACCUUUUUUUUUAAACUACUGAGACUUUGAUUCCUCAAUUAUUCGAUGCUAGAACCUUCUACACAUUGCUGAAGUAGACAGCUUGAUAGUUUGGUUAAAUACCUACUGCCCCAAAUAAAAAAAAAAUCACUUCCCAUUCUAGUUAAUGAACAUAAUGAUGUGAAAUUAUCAUACAGGAUCCAGCUAGCAUAGACAGAAAACUUGGAUUAGAAAAAGUAACUCUGGCCGGGCAGUGGUGGCACAUGCCUUUAAUCCCAGCACUCGGAAGGCAGAGCCAGGUGGAUCUCUGUGAGUUCGAGUCCAGCCUGAUCUGCAAAACGAGAUCCAGGACAGGCACCAAAACUACAUGGAGAAACCCCGUCUCGAAAAACAAAAAAAAAGAAAAAGUAAAUCUGCAUUUGUGUUCUCUGACAUAUGUAAACCAAAUUCUUUUAAAAAUUUAAAAAACGGCUUUUCUGAACAAUACAUCUCUUCAUCCAGUGUCUUUGAGAUGGCAAUAGCUUAUGUACAGCUAAACGCCCCAUUCUCAUUUAGACAUUUUGCUGCUUGAAUAUUUCCAGCUUAGGGUAGAUUUUUGCUUUUGUUUUUUAUCUCCCUGUGUUCUAGCUAGAAAAUGUACUAUCAAGCUAGCUGUGGCUUCUAUAUAAACAAAGGGAGGCUCAAAUGGAUAACUGUAGAAGGCAUAGGCUUUCCACCUGUCAAAUUUGAUUCAGCUUAGGAAUGUAAAUAUAUGAGAGGCCCUGGUCACUGCCUUUGGAUGUGUGCCUAGCAAUUUAGAUUUCUAAAUUGCCCAAAGCUCUGGCUAUCCUAGUACCUUGUAGGCCCUUAAAAGGACAUUUUAAACUCAUUUUAUUUCUGAAAGUUUUUUGUUUUAUUUUGUUUUGUCAUUUGAUUUUUUUUUCCUUUUUGAUGGUGAUUAUAUUUUUUGGGUUUUUUUGGGUUUUGUUGUUGUUGUUGUUGUUGUUGUUGUUGUUUUACUUUUUUCUUGACAGGAUCUCAAUAGCCUGCCCAGGCUAGCUUCAAACUCAGUAUGUAGCUGAGGAUGACCUUCAUGGUUUGAGAGGCUAGGGAUCAAAUGUAUGCUAGGCAAGCAUUAUGCUAAGGAGCUACAUCCCUACUAUCCCCUUUUUUCUCUUUUUAAGACUGUCUCAGCCUGGUCUACAGAGCUAGUUCUAGGAAGCCAGGAAUGUUAGUUACACAGAGAAACCCUAACCCAGGUGCAGUAGCUUAUAUAACCAGCCUUGGCAGGCUGAGGCAGGAAGAUUGCCUCCAUGUUUGAGGCCAACCUGGGCUACAUAGUGAGUUCCAGGACAGCUAAGGUAACACAGAGAAACCCUGUCUUGAAAAAUACAAAACCAGAAAAAAAAAGGGGGGGGGAUUACAGCAGAAAUACACACCACCAUCAGCCCCUGUAUACUGUUUUGGUUUGAUUUGGGUUUUUUGAUAUAAUAUCUCAGUGCAUGUAUCACAUCAUACAUGUGACCCUAUCUCAAAAAAAAAAAAAAUUUAGUUUUUGGGGAUUUUUUUGUUUAGAUUUUUAUUGAUCUGUAUGUGUCUAUGUGUGUAUGCCCCAUGUGUGAGGGUACCCAAGGAGGACAGAAAAGAGCAUUUGAUCCCCUGAAGCUAGAGUUGCAGAUAGUUGUAAGCCACCCAGUAUAGGUGCUGGGGUCCAGUGGACUCAGGUCCUUGAGAGAGCAGCAACUUCUGUCUCUCUAGCCCCGUAGUUUGCUGUUUUGGAACAUCUCCACUCCUUAGAACUUAUUUAUAAAACACCUGGCCUUCUGAAAUGUUCAUAGCACUUAAUAUAGAAGAAUGCUUGCAUAUGUUAAUUUAGGUAGCUCACAAAAUAGACAGGCUUAUUGUUUUGUUUUGGUAUGGAUAGUCUACAUUUUAUCUUUUUUGUUUAUUUUUGAGAUUGUGUAUUGUAUUUUAAUUGCAACAUUCUCCCUUCCCUGUCCGCCUUCAAGCUCUCCCAUAUAUGCUUCCCCUCUCUCCUUCAAAUUCAUGGCCUUUUUUUCGUCAGUUGUUAUUGCAUACAUACAUGUAUUUGUAUAUACAUAACCUGUUGAGUCCAUAUAAUGUUGCUUGUAUGUAUGUUUUCAGAGCUGUUUGGCACUAGACAACCAAUUGGUGUGUUCUUCACUGAGGACAGCUCUGCUACUCCCAGCUUUAUUUAGUUGCCUGUAGUUCUUUGUGUAGGGUUGAGGUCUCCUGGGCUUUUCCCCUGUAGUUUGGCAAGUUCAUUGGUGUCCUCUUUGUUCAGCUCAUGUUUGUGCAGUCUUGUUUGGUGAGACUUUUCAGAUGUAGCUUUGGAUAUUAUUU